AUGGGCGGCGCUGGGAACAUGGUUCUGCCACCGAACCAGUUUGACAUCGACGGCUUUUCAAAAGGGUUGGUGGAAGCGGCAACGCGAACCUCCGCCUGGGUGAUCACAGGUGGGACUGCCAGCGGUGUAAUGGAGAUCGUUGGCAAGGCUAUGCGGAAGCACGACAAGGAACGCAAAGUACCAUGCCUGGGCAUCACCCCCUACGGCGCUCUGACACGAGGUUGGCGCGACCUGAUUUGCUCAGAGGCUGCUUUCGAGGAAAGCUGCCCGGCAAACCCCAAGAAGAUAGAUGCGGCAGAGGCGAAGCCAGAAGGGACAGCAGUCGACGAUAGGCCGCUGGCAGCCCUUCAAGAAAACCAUUCGCACUUCAUCAUCUGCGACAAUGGUAAGGUUGGCAGCCAGACGUUUGGGACGGAGAUUCCGUUCCGGACGCGUUUCGAGGAUCAUGUUGCCAAGGGCGACUUCAAUGACGUCGAGGGGAGCUUGCAGGUUCGCGUGCCGCGCGUGAUGAUCCUUCUGAAUGGUGGCAAGAUCUCCCUGGAAUCGCUGGUCCAGGCUAUUCAAACUGGCUGUCCGUUGGUGGUGUGCCGUGGAACUGGACGCCUCGCCGAUGUCAUUUGCCGUGUCUUGGAAGAGCCCUGCAGUGUGAAUGACGAAGACGAGAACUGCUUCCGAAGUCACCUCCAAGAAACCUUGCAUGAGGCCGUCAAGGAGUUCAUGCCGCAGGACACCUUGACGACACAAGACAUCGAGCAUUUCGAAGCCAUCGUGCAGAGUGACAUGGUGGUGAUCUACUCUAUCAACGAUCGCUUCGAAGAAGUGGUUCUGCAGGCGGUCCUGGGCCACGCCGGCUCUGCUCCAACAACGUCUUCCGGAGAUCUCGAGGCCCCAAGCGCGGUCGCUGUGGGGCAACAGCUGGCCUUGGCUGUGCAGUGGGGCUGUUCCAACUACUAUGGCCACCUGGGGCAAAGGCUUAUGGAAAGCGGCGAUCCGAAUGGGGCCAUCAAGCUGAUCUUCAAGGAGCUGGUGGCUUUCAACUCGGGUAUGACGCCCGUGACGGUGGUGCGCAGCGUGCGCGAGAAUGCCGGCAUGCUGGUGGCAUGGCUUCUUCAGAACUACCUCAAGCAGAUGGAUCAGUUCGUUGUGAACAAGGAGACCUUAGGCAUCGAUAUCCACUGGAGCCACGUGGCGCAGGAAUCCUGGAGGUCUCUCGAAGGACUGCUCGUCUGGUCCGUUGAGCAAGAGGCUCCAUGCUCUGUGCUGGAGAUCAUCUGGUCCUACAUGGAGGAU